AUGGAGUCAUCAGUUGCAGUAACGCCACGUCUUAGAUUAUAUCCAGAAUCUGGACGAUCUGGACCCAGUUUUAACAGUUUCAACUACAAAGUCAUGUCUGCUGUAAAAUUCGACAGUGAGAAUAAGAUUUGGAGUGGAGGUGAUCCUACAAGUCCAAUUUUUCAUGAAAAUUGUUCUAUUGGACGUGCAAUUCUGCACCUUCUGAGUUUGAGUCCUGAUAAAAUUUGUCAAGUUAGUGCGGAUGAUGGUAGUAAAAGAACGAACGGAGAGAUUUAUCAAGCGACGCUGAAAAUUGCUUUCAAUCUUCGAAAGAUUGGCUGUUCCAAAGGUGACAUUGUAGGCUUCGUCUGCAGGAAUAGUCAUGAUCUUACUCCAGCUUUCCUUGCUGCACUCUUUCUUGGAACUCCAACGAAUGUCUUAGAUGUCUCUUUCUCUGACGAUGAAAUUAUUCACAUCUUUCGGAUGACAAGACCCAAGUUCGUUUUUUGUGAUGAUGAUGUGGCUGAAAGAGUAGAGAGACUACUUCGACAGAAAUUGGAUAUUGUGGCCAAGAUCGUUAUUCUAGGUAGAAGGUUGCCAUCGUUUAGUCACAUCGAUGACCUUCUAAAUGGUGACGUCAGUCAAACCGAACUCAUGAAACUUAUAAUGCAUUAUCCACAAAUUGAAAGAACUUGUAUCGCAAUGAUUACCUGUUCAUCAGGUACAACUGGUUUGCCAAAAGCUGUACCAGUAACUCACGAGAACCUACAACAACGGUUUUUUAUACCAUUUCUAACACACCAUGCGAAACCAGAUGAUUCAGUAUUUUGCUUCUUUUCCCUUUACUGGGUCUCAGGAUAUGCAACUCUACUAAUGAGCCUUACUUUAGGCGUGAAGCGUAUAAUUACGACUAUGUCAUUUAGUCCUGAGAAAUUAGUUGCAAUAGUUAAUGAGUAUGAAAUAUCCUACUUGAUCAUGCCUACAGGAAGCACAGCUGAACUGGUAAACUGGCGCUUCCUGACUAAACACUCUCUGUCGAAUGUCAAAGGUUUUGCAAUAGUUGGUAGCAUUCUUUCUGAGGAGUUGUUCAACAAAGUUCGACCGAUUGUUUCUAAUGGGAUACUUUGUAAUUCUUACGGUGCAACAGAAACUGGAGGAAUUGCUAACAACUUAAAUAUGGAUAAAACUAAUUUUCGGUCAGUUGGAGAGUUGAUACCAGGGGUAAAGGUAAAAAUUCUGGACGAAGAUGGGAAGCAGUUGGGUAUCAAACAGGUUGGGGAAAUUUGUACUAAGUCUCCAGGACAAUUUAAGGAAUUCUAUAACAAUUCCGAAGCAACUAAGGAAAUCAUAGAUGAAGAUGGAUGGGUUCGCACCGGAGAUAUUGGUUAUUUUGACGAGAAGGGCUUUCUCUACAUUUCAGGGCGGAAGAAGAAUUGGUUCAAAUAUUUUUCUCAUCGCAUUAUCCCGGAAGAAAUUGAACAGAUUCUCGAAGAUCAUCCGGCGGUCUUCAAAGCUGUUGUUGUAGGAAUUCCAGAUCCUUUUGCGAUUGAACUUCCAGCUGCUGUUGUUGUCCUGAAGACUGGUCACUCAGUGACUGAAGAGGAACUCACAAAUUUUGUGGAGCAGAAUACCAAACUACUCUCUACGGAGGUGAUAUACUUGGAAUCGGGUGAAUGGGGUGAAUAUUUCACGGCAUCGAGACCUUAG